AUGUGUACCGUCAUGCCAGAUCUCAGAUGGGCUCGACGCACGGCGGUUCGAAAGCGACAGAACUCCAAGAUGAUCCAAGCGCUUGCGUGGAACGCCUUAGGAAAAGCCGCCGCCCCUACGAGUUACAACAUUGUCCGGCACCAGAGGAACCGACAAGACGACGCUAAACACCCUGCAGCUGGUACAAAGCAGCAUGCAGCUGCUUUAGUGGUGGAUAUUUCGGUUGUUGACUUUUGGCUGGACCCACGGUUUCUGCUGGCCGAAGAACGAAUUGUGGAAUUCGUCGACUUUGACAAUGCUUGGAGGGCUCAGCAUUCUACUCUAGGGCUAAGCAGAUGUUCACGUCGGGUUUCACGGCAAGUGGUCAAAAGGUACAUGGAUGUGGAAACGGCAUUGCAGGCCGAGGCGUAUGGGAUGGUCAUCAGUAGUCGGCGGCGAGUGGACGAGUCGCACAGCGUUUUGACGGUUGAGGGCGCUGUGCAAGGAGAGAGAUUUGACAACAGACUGCAGAACAAGAUGAAACAGAGCGAGGUCUGA